CCAUUCUAUAAAUAUGAUGAAAAGGAAGUUUCAAAUAAGUUUAUAAAAAAUCAAAUGGAUUUAUUUACAAUAAAUUCAAAAUUAGAAAAUGACCAAUAUACAAGUACAAAAGAAUUUGAAAAUGAUAUUCGUCUUAUAUUUCGCAAUUGUUAUACAUAUAAUGAUAUUGGAAGUGAAAUGUAUUGUUUAGGAGAAGAAUUGGAAUCAGCUUUUAAUAAAAUAUGGACUGAAAAAAUAAUUUUUCAAGUUAAACAAAAAGAAAAAUUAAAAAGAAUACGAGAUACUAGUGAUGAUGAUUUGUCUUCUGGUAAGUUAUAUAUUUUCAUUACUUUUUUGUUGCAUUUAUAUUAUUAA